GACCAGAUCAGUGAGAUGAUUGGAGGCUGUAAGAUCAAAGCUCUGAGGGCAAAGACCAACACCUACAUCAAGACCCCGGUGCGUGGCGAGGAGCCAGUCUUCAUGGUGACAGGGCGGCGGGAAGACGUAGCCAUGGCUAGGCGGGAGAUCAUCUCGGCAGCUGAGCACUUCUCCAUGAUCCGGGCCUCCCGCAACAAGGCCGGCACCACCUUUGGCAGCGCCCCUACCCUGCCCGGCCAAGUCACCAUCCGGGUCCGUGUACCCUAUCGUGUGGUGGGCUUGGUAGUGGGUCCCAAAGGGGCCACCAUCAAGCGGAUCCAGCAGCAAACCAAUACCUACAUCAUCACACCCAGCCGGGACCGGGACCCCGUCUUUGAGAUCACAGGAGCACCCGGCAACGUGGAGCGGGCCCGGGAGGAGAUUGAGACCCACAUCGCAGUGAGGACGGGCAAGAUCCUGGAAUACAACAAUGAGAAUGACUUCCUGUCCAGCAGCCCUGACUCGGGCAUGGAGAACCGAUACUCAGAGGCGUGGCGGGUCCACACGCCUGCCCCAGGCUGCAAGCCCCUCUCCACCUUCCGACAGAACAGCCUUGGGUGCAUCGGUGACUGCUCUGUGGACCCGGUCUACGAGACACCCCGACUGAACGACCAAAAUGACUUCAAUUAUGGUUACCUCUUUCCUAACUAUGGUGUGAACAAACAAGAUCUCUAUUAUGGGGUGCCAGAAUCUGGUGCCCCCAUGUGGGCCGGGCAGGAAAACACCAACCCCGUCUCAGUGCUCUUCUCUAAGCAGCAACGAUCCGGCAGCACCGGCGCCGUCCAUCCUAACUCGCAUCGCUCCCCAUCCUCUUCUAUCCAAGAGCCUAACCUCUCUGGGCUCCCCAGAAGGUCUCCAGGGGAACCACUGCAAGGAUUUUCCAAGCUGGGAGCCAACACCACCGCCCGGACAUCCAUCUCCAGCAGCCGGGAGUGCAUGGUGUGUUUUGAAAGUGAAGUGACGGCCGCCCUGGUGCCAUGCGGCCAUAACCUCUUCUGCAUGGAGUGCGCUGUGCGGAUCUGCGAGAGGACCGACCCGGAGUGCCCGGUUUGCCAUGCUGCAGCCACUCAGGCUAUUAGAAUAUUUUCUUAAAGAGACAGGACGGGGUGGUGGGGGGAAGUGGGGACCGAAAUGGGGAGGGGGUGGGAGUCCAAUAAAAAGAUAAUGAUGAUGAUAAUAAUUAAUGACAUCUGAAGAAUAAACAAAUGAAUGAAAGAAUAAAAUAAUUAAUUUAAAGAAGAAGAAAAAAGAAAUUAUUUUACGAGCAAUGUACAUUAUUUUUUAAAAAAAGAAGUGAAUAAUAAUAAAUUAAAAUGAAUAGAAAAGCCAGAAAUUUUGAAGGGCAAACGAUGCUCCAGCCUACGAUGUCUUUUUAAAACAAGUACUCUGAACGCACACUUGGAUCUCGGAAGCAAAGCGGUUUAGUUAAUUUUUUUUUUUUUGUGGCGAGACAGGACUCACAGCUCUUCUGCAUUGACCAAGCUUGGUCAUCUUUAUUUGACCGAGACACCAGGGGCACGUGGAAAAUGAGGGGCUUCCCCAACAGCUCUUCCUUCCCCACCAACACUCCCUCUUUUAACUUGGUCUGCAGCUGCCCCCCGCCCCCUCCCGGGGACAUCAAACCAACUGGCAGAGGAGAGCUCGGAAAGAAACAAACAGAAAGAAAAGAAAACAGAUGGCAAAGGGGGGAAAAAGAAAGAAAAAAAACAUCAACCUCUGGGAACCUGUUAGAACGAGGGCACAACUCUAUUACCUCAAAGAUUUUAAAAAAUACAAACAAAAAAAAAAAACCACAAAACAGCAGCUAAAGAACUUUUAUUGUUUUCCUUUUUUUCUAAAAAAAAGAACAUUGAAAAAACAAAUAAAAAUGACGCCGGUGAAACUGAAGAAGGUUUGGAAGAACCUGUAGGAGUCACACUGGGUGCUUAGCAUUUAUUUUAUUAUUCUGAGCCACCGCGGAGUUUGGAACUCUGUUUGUUUUUUUUGUUUUUUUAAAAUCCAAACUGGGAUUUGUUCAUCAGUUGAAUCAGGAGUCACUAACAGGGUAUUUCAAAACCAGUCUUGAGUUCCCAUCCAAGGGCAAGGAUUGACUUCCAUGUUUCCAUAGUUCACUCUUCUUUGCUUUUUCCAAGUGAUGCCAGCUGCAGCUCUACACACAGCUCUACACACACACACACACACACACAGCAUUGUUUUUUUCUAAAGUACACACACACACACGCUAACAUUCUUUUCUUUUACUUAAAAAAAGUAUACCGCACCAAAACCUAAGAAAGACGAUCAUGCAAUACAGGCGAUGAGCCCAUUUGAAACCAACAUGCAUCCCGACAGAAAGCAAAAAAAAAUGAGUUUAUAUAUAUAAUUUUGUCGUCGUCGUUGUUUUUAAACUGGACCAAAACUUUUGUUACCCAAAACCAAGUGGAAAAUUUAAAAAAAAAAAAGGAAGAAGAAAAUAUUUCUUUAUGGACCAAAACCUCUUCAACUGUCCUUAACCUGGAUCUUCCGGAGGUUGCCACUUUUAUAUAUUAUAUUUUUUUCAGAACAAAACAAAAAAUAAAUAAAUGAAUUGCCUUGUUGAACAUCCUUUUAAUCGUUUGAAGACUCCUGGUUUUGUUAAAUCAGAUACUUUUUAAACUGUUGGGAAGUGGGAGAGACGGGCUUCGAAUCUGGCCUCGACGCCAAUCACAAUCCAGCAUCUUAACGUGAUCAGGUUUGUUCAACCAGUACCUGGAUGCCAAAUUGCCAUGGUGGCAAAGUUACAUGUGUUGGAUUAACCUACCAAGUACCAAUAUAUAUAUAUAUAUUUACCCCCACCCCAUUCUCUUCCUACCCCCAAAUUACUUCUACUCACGAAUCCUGGACCCUGAUUUAGAACUGUGGACCAACGAGCUUAGCAACUUGGGAGAGACAGUUCUGCAGCCAAAAAGUAAAUAAAUAAAAAUAGCCAGAGAUGUUCUUUGAUUUACAGGAGACUUUAAUUUCAUCGUAAUGUGCUUCCUGGGACUAUCCCCUCUUCCUCUUGGUUCCUUGCCACUCGACCCCAACUGAGCCCCUUUACAAUUGGUUCAAGACAUCCUUCGGUCACAUACAGGGGGUGGAUUGCUGAUACUGAGGCAGGCCUCUGUUUGGACUCUAGGCUCGGAAAAGGUCCAUGUAUGAUCUUCAGAUGUGAGGUGGAGGGGCGUGAAAUUUUGUACUUAUAACACUUUGCAUUGAUGGUGGAUUGUUAUACAGGGCAGGGGAUAGACGGCGGUAGGAGGUUGUGCUCCUAGCUUCUGCAGCGGAUGCUGAUAGAAAAUGUUGUACAAAAGGGGACACUGUCAUGUCAAAGUUAUGACCCCUCUUCUUCCCCUCACAGCUUUAACAAACCUUAAGUAGCCUAAUUCUCCAUUGCCCUGCACCUUCUGCAGCCAUUUAUACCACUGCAAAGAAGGGGGCAAACUGCUACCAAAUCAUUUCCAUAGCAUUUUAGACCCACUUGCUCGUGUCGUCGUUUACUCCAGUGCUGCAGGGCAAUGGCGAAUUGGGCUAGUUGCCUUCCAUAGGAGCAAGAGGCUAGUACCACUCAAAUCUUGAGGGCUUAUAUGGUGGUGCAUGGGAUUCGGGCUGUCUCCAAUGUGCAGCAGUGAGAUCCCCUCCCAGCCACUUCAAUGGAAACACGGCCUCAGUGAAAACUUGAGGAUCUGUCCUGUUCUGACCACGUCCUUUUCAGAAAGGGUCCAGUUAUUAUUUGAAAUCUAGAUUUGUUUCGAUCCCAAUAGAAGAGAAGGAAAGGUAAAAAAUAAGUUUUUCUUUUUGGGGAGUAACCUCCACAAUUCUGUUCCUCUUUGCGCAGACCUUUCCUACUGAUGUCAGGAGAGUGGUUGGGGGGAAAAGCGAGUUGGAAAUCAGACCACCCUUCCAAAGGGGCGUUCAGAAAUAUCUGUGUUGGUAACGGAUGGGAUUACAACGCAACAGCCGGUGCUUCCCUGGCUGCGUCCCAUGGGGCCAAUAUCUUAGUUGAGUGACUAGUCAUUAUUGGCUAAGUGAAGUCUGUUCGUGGUAAUGUGAGCGAGUUUUUGAUCAAUGUUUUUCUUUGAUGCCAGGUUGUGAAGAGCUUUGGGUGGGGUGGGAUGGGGUAGGGUGGGAAGAUACCUGGACUGGGGACCUGGGUGGGAUGGGGGCCAUAUUCUAGCACUGACCCUAGGGAAUGGUGGGGAGGAAGGUAUGAGAGCUUAGAUUCUCUCCCUCCCCUUCAUGAAGUAAAAUGAUAUAAAAGCCUCCUGCAUGCUGAAAAUGUUAGAAAAACCUUUCUAAAGAAAACAAAAAAAAAUAUCUAACCCAAACAACUAUCCAAGGUUGCCGAUCGGAACCAGGAGGGGAAGCCAUCCGUAUGGCCAGUAGGCAGCCUGUCCAUAUCUCCAUGGACUGGGCAUUCCCACUCCAGCUUCCAAGUUGGCCUUUAAUGAAAUCUUUAGUUCCAAUAACCUUUAUAUAUAUAUAUAUAUAUAUAUACACACACAUAUACAUAUAUAUUAAAAGAAAGCUUGAUGUAGCAGUUCUAGUUUAUACAGAGUAGCAGUAUUGCGACCUGUUUUAUUUUGUUCUCCCUUCCUUGCCCCUCUUCUCCCUCCCCAUAUUUUGAUGUAGCAACUUCAGAAGAAAACAGGCUGCAGGUGCACCAAGAGCUACCUCUGGUCUGAGAGGGGGCUAUACGUUGGGGGGGAGGGAGGCACAGGGGGCCUAAAUCCUCUUGAACGCCUGUAGGGGGCAUCCAACUGAUUGAAUGCCCCAGGCCCCGUCUCUUAGUAGCUCGCCAGGACCCCAACGUGCGGCGGAGCAUAAAUUUGAAUAACUCCUUAUUUUCUUUUUAAAUAUAUGUAUAUAUAUUAAAAAAAAUCUUUAAAAAAAAAACCCACAAAAAAAUAAAAAAAAUCAACCACACAAAAAAUGCCCAUGACCUUAACUAUUUGCUCUGACUUAUACCUUCCUGGAUAGGUGACUAGAAAUGGCUUGUUGGUCCAAUUCACCAGCAGUGAGGAUAAAAGAAAGAAAUGCCCCCUCUCCAGUCUAAUCUGUCUGUACUGGGUUUUAGUUGCUAACUUACACUCCGUGUAAAUCUGAGUGGGUGUAUUUGCGGUGAGGGGUAAGAUACUGGGUGACCCAUCUUGCAAUUGUUACACCCGUGCAAAUGUCUUUAGUUUAGACAAAUCCUUAGUGUCUCCACCUCGCAGUCAUGGGAGAAGGGACGUAUUUUAAGACUCCAUGAGGCACUAUUUGGGGUGCUAAAUUUAUGGGGAUCUCCCUUCCCCCUUCCCUCCCCUAAAACAUCCCUAGUGGAAAGAGGGCAAUGUUGGACUGAAAUGGAACCCAGCAAAUGGGACCAGUAUCGGGUCUCAUUUGAGUUGUUCCACCCUCUCCCCACCUCAGGGUUUAAGAACAAAAGGAAUGCUCAGUGGGAACUGGAUCAGUCCCCAGUCCUGCAAACACUUGCACUUCGCUGUCAUGAGUCAUCCUGUUGUAAUCAAUUAGGCUACUAGUAAUAGUAAAGUUACACAUGUGCCUAAGUAUUUGCAGGAUCGGGGCCUUAGAGGGUAGGUCUCUACUAAUGCUGCUGCAGCUCUACUUCUUGGCGCUGCUGGACAGGCUAGAGGUGGGUUGUAACGUCAGCAUCGGGCGAUACUAGAUUCCAAUGGGCUCCUGGGAGAAAUGGAGCAGGUGGGGGCUUGACCCUAUAGAACAGCAGUGACCAUAUAGAACACCUAGGGAGUCGCAUGAGGGGCUUGAUCCUGUCAAGGUGCUCAGCGGUGCAGGCACGUGUUUAAGUGCUUUGCGGGGCAAGGGGCAGAUUGCACAGCAGAGGGCAGGACAGAGCCCUCGUUGUGUGUUAGCGGCCAGGCCUGCGGGGUGAUGGAGUCAAUAGGAGGUGAGAUGGCUCCGAUACCAUGCUGAUGGACGCGCUCCCAAAGAACUAGAUCGAUUAGAUGCAUAGGUGGAUGGGGAGAAAGGGACAUCUCUGGUACAUGGGACCUGACUUAUGCAAAUAGUCCUUAACUCAUACGAGUAGUGACAUUAACGUCAAUUGGGACUUGAGAGUGCUGAGCCCUUUCUCCUGAAGCGCUCAGGACCUGGCAGGAUUGGCCCUUAGGAGUCUGAGUGGAUAGAGAAAACAGGGACAUAUCUGGUACCCAAUUCAGCAGAGCCUUGGGACUUAAGCACAUGCUUUGUUGAACAGGAAUGGAUUUAAGCCUGUGCUUAAAGAUAAGCACACGCUUAAGUGCUUUGCCUAAUCCUGCAAUCUUUACUCACCAAGCCACCUUCAACAACUAGUCCUGAUGGGCGAGUAAAGAUUUUCAGGACCGGAGGGGAGAUCCCUUGGUGUUGUAUAUGGUACUGCAAGGUUUUGGCACAAAUCACCCCUUGAUGGUGGACUGUGACACUAGAAGAUGGGGGCUGUGACAGGAUGUUCAGAGGAGGGGUUAAUUCAUUAAUAACAUCUGCUUUGCCUGUGAAAGGAGACACAAAUAUGCUAUGUCUUUGGCCAUUAUUUUAGAGGUAUCGGGGAGGGGUUGUGGGGGUGGGGGGGAUGACUUGGGGAGGAGGGAUGAUAAAUGUAACAAAGGGGCAGGGAGGGAUAUAAAAUAUACUGUGAUAUCCUCAUCAUCAUAAAUUAUAUAGAGAAUAGUAUGUAUUAUAAUACAUAAAAUUAAAAAAAGAACCAAAAUUGGAUUUAUAUUUAAUGAGGAGAUACUAUAAGAAUAUCUUGUCCUAGCUCCCAUUCGCAAACAUAUUUUUCAGCUGGAGGGAUAUCUAUUCUUUUUUCUCUUUUCUUUCUUUUUUUUUAAAUCUCCAUACAUGCAAAGGCUAAGACUGUUAACAUUCAGAACCUCUUAAAUCGCAAAUAUUCAACUUGCUUAUUUGGUGUUUGACUUUUUAUUUCGGUUCGUUUACAGGCGUUUUUUAAAAAUAAAAAGAGAGAGAGAAAGAGGAGGAAAAAUAAGAUUUAAAAAUUAGAACAUUUCUUUAUAAUUUAAUAUUCUAUUUUAAUAAAUGCAUUUAUUACAUGUAAAUGUAGCAAGGAACUGGGCUAAUAAAAAUACUUUUUAUUAGGUAAUUUAUUAUAAGAAAAAAAAAGGAUAUUUUAUUUUAUGAUAAAGUGAUCCUUAAAAAGUUUAGAAGGGUUAGAAUAUAUGUAGGUUAAAAAAAUACAUUUGUAUCCAGAGUAUUGCUUAAAAAGUGUUUUUAAUAUAUGUUUCUUUUUUGUGUGUGCGUGUGUGUAUGUAAAAGGUGAUAGUUACCGUGCAAAUGGCCCUUCCCUGAAAUAAAAAAGUUACACAAA